AUGAACAUCUCUGCUGGCCUUCUCCCAGCAGCUCCCAACAUCUUACCUGUACUUGACCAUUUCCACACUCCCAGACAAUACUCCCCCAACCACAUCUUGACAAUGGCAACUCAGCAAGUCUUCAGACUUCCGCAGCGCACGUCCACCCACGACCUUGUCGUCGGAACCGAGCCCGUCCCGGAGCCCUCGUCCAACGAAGUCUUAGUCCGCAUCCGCAGCGUCGCUCUCAAUUACCGCGAUUUUGCCGUGGCGAAUGGAAAGUACCCGUUUCCCGUCAAGGACAAUGUGGUACCUGGAUCCGAUCUCGCUGGCGACGUCGUCAAAGUGGGAAGCCAUGUCGACGACUUUGUUCAAGGCGACAGAGUCGUCUCGACCUUUGAUCUCAGCACCCCUUACGGCCCCAUGAAGGACUGGAAUCACAGCCUUGGAGGCUGUCUUGACGGGGCUCUCCAGCAGUAUAUUGCUCUCCCGAGCUCUACCUUGGUCAAGGUGCCGGAGGAAGCCAAGCUCAGUUACUCUCAACUGUCUGCGCUUGUCUGCACCGGAACCACUGCUUGGAACUCUCUUUACGGCAAUACUGCUCUCAAGCCUGGCCAGACUGUGCUGUUCCUCGGAACCGGUGGUAUUUCAAUUACUGGCCUCAUCCUCGCCAAAGCAGCUGGCGCAACCACCAUUAUCACUUCGUCUUCCGACUCGAAGCUGGAAUACGUCAAGGAGACAUAUGGUCCUGACCACGUCAUUAACUAUAAGACGACCCCAAACUGGUCACAGGAAGUCUUGAAGAUCACAAAGGGCCGCGGUGCUGACUUCAUUUUUGAGAACGGUGGUGCCGGAACGAUUGCCGAGAGCAUCAACGCCGUGGCGUACGGCGGCUCCAUUGCCGUUAUCGGGUUCCUCGCAUCGUGCGAACAGAGCAAGAUGCCUGACGUUGCAGCACUCGUUUUGUCCAAGGGUGCUGUCGUGCGCGGCAUCAUGGUGGGCUCGAAGCAGCACUUGGAGGAAGUCAUGCGUUAUGUCGUAGCCCGUGAGUUGCAGGUCCCCGUCGAGAAGGAAUUCGCCUCUGGCAGAGACGAUGUCAUCGCCGCCUUUGAGUAUCUCACCAGCGGCACUCACAUCGGCAAGGUAUGCAUCCGUAUGUCUUGA